AUGAGCCCCGCAGUUGCCUCCGUCGCCCGCAUCGCCUACCACUUGUCCGAUGCCCUCGUUCUCUCCCUCCCUCCCUCGGGCAUCUCCCCCUUCCAAACUGCCCUCCGUGCAUGUUGGUCCGUCCUCCUCCGCCACCGCGCGUCCCGCCUCGUAACAUACGUCGCGUCCGCCUACCCCCAGGCACUUCACCAGCUCGUCCUCCACCUCCCUGAGCUCUCCUCCACCCCCACUGUCUUCCAUAUCGCCGUCGACUCCGAUCUCUCCGACGCCAUCGUUCUCCAAUCUUCCCUCCCCUUCGUCCUCCAUUCCCGUACAGCCCAGCAAGCUCACGAUCACGCCCUUCUCGCUUCUAAGCUCGCCUCGACAGAAUCUGUCGCCGUCCUCCACAUAUUCCACCUGGGAACAGACGACGAGUCUGUGGAUGUUCUCGCGGACGACCAAAUCCCUGCCUUCCUCCCCGAUGCUGCAACUCUUUUGCAGCAAACCCCAUACUGCGUCGUCGCCCUUGGUCGCGCAAACCUCGACCUCGACCUCGACGGGGUCACUUUCGUGAACGUUGCUCUUCUCAAGCCGCUCCUGCCAACCACCGUCCUUGACGCAGUACCGGCUACUGUCACUCGUAUUAUUGUUCUCGAGCAGCUUCACCACUGGUCCAUGAAGUGGACUCCGCUCUACCUUGAAGUCGUCAGUGCCCUCCAACAAAGCGAGCGCGACCCGGCUCCAGUGCGUGGCGACGUACACGCCCUGCUGGAUGCCGCUUCCUCGGGGACCGCCCAGACGCGCCUCGCACUCGGCCCAUCGCCCUCGGCAACAGCAACCACCUCUGCACCUCACGUUCCCAAGCACGAGACGGCUUACACCAAAAUGCUUCGCAACGUUUUCGCCGACAGGCUCAACAUCCUCAACUCGCCCGAGCUUGUUGCUCCGCAGGCCAGAUUGCAACCACUCCUGACUCGUCGGGCCGUGCGUGAGCUCCUCCGCGACCCCGACAUCUCAUUCGACCUCCGCUCUGUUCUCACCCGGUGGCUUGGAGCCAAGGAUGACGGUUUCAGUCUCCGCCACCUCCUCCCGGCCCUCUCACGUUGGAUCAUUGGUUCCGACGCGUGGGCAUACGAUUUGGGUGCCUCAGGCCUGCACCACGCGAUUGCCUCCAAGUUGAACGUGAAUGAAAAAGACGUCGGUCUUUACGCGAUGAACCACGGUGAUGUCUACGUCGCGAGCACGGCCGUCUACUCGUCCUACUCCCAGGUUCUUCAGGCGCUCAUGGAGGCGGACCGAUUCGACGGCCCCAGUGUCGUCCUCGCCUACCUCCCAUACACCACGGAGAGCACUCCCGCGCUCGAGAUCCUCAAAGAGACGAAGCUUGCCGUCGAUUCUGGCUACUGGCCCCUCUACCGCUGGAACCCGAGCAAGGAACGCGAAAACAAAGAGCCCUUCUCGCUCGACUCCGACUCGGUCAAGAACGAGCUGCAAGCGUUCCUCGACCGUCAGAACCACCUAUCGCAACUUGUGCGCUCUAAGCCUGAGCUCGCUGCGGAGCUCGUCGGCAGCCUCGGCGAGAGCCUCAAGCAAGCGCGCAAACAGCGUGCCGCCCAGGCCUACACCGACCUGCUCUCCACCAUCGAUGCGCCUCCGCUUACGGUCCUCUACGCCUCCGACGGCGGCAAGGCCGAGAAGGUCGCAAAGCGCCUCGCAACCCGCGGCAAGCUCCGCGGGCUCUCUACGACCGUCGCCUCCCUCGACUCGAUCUCGUUGGAGGACAUCGCGAAAGAGGAGUUUGUAGCGCUCGUCACGUCCGUCGCCGGCCAGGGCGAGUUCCCGCAGAACGCGCGCGCGUUCAUGAAGCUCGUCAACGCCGCGUCCACACGCGCCGAGCGCCCGCUCGAGCGCGUCCAGUUCGCCGUAUUCGGUAUGGGCGACAGCCACUACUGGCCGCGGCCCGAGGACGCGCACCACUACAACAAGGCGGGCAAGGACCUCGACGCGCGCCUCGAGCAGCUCGGCGCGACGCGUCACGAGGCCGAACCGGAGCCGAUCACAAACGAACACAUCAAGGUCGCGUCGCAGUACCUGCGCGGGACGAUCGCGGAGGGCCUCGAGGACACGAGCACGGGCGCGCUCGCCGCGAGCGACACGCAGCUCACCAAGUUCCACGGCAUCUACCAGCAGGACGACCGGGACAUCCGCGAUGAGCGGCAGGCGAUGGGCGCCGAGCCCGCGUACUCGUUCAUGAUCCGCGUCCGCAUGCCCGCCGGGGUCUGUCUGCCCGAGCAGUGGCUCAUCAUGGACCAGAUCGCGGACGAGCACGGGAACGGGACGUACAAGAUCACGACCCGGCAGACGUUCCAAUUCCACGGCGUGAUCAAGCGUCACUUGAAGUCGGCUAUCCAGGACAUUAACCGUGCACUCCUCGAUACCCUAGCGGCGUGUGGUGACGUGAACCGGAAUGUUAUUGUCUCCACUGUCCCGUCGCUGUCGAAACUUCACCAUCAGGCGUACGAUUUCGCGAAGAAGGCUAGCGAGCAUUUGCUUCCUCGCACCUCCGCUUACCACGAGAUCUGGCUGGACAAGAAGCUCGUCGCCGGUGACGCGUUGAAGGAUGUUGAACCUCUAUACGGGGAGUUCUACCUGCCGCGCAAGUUCAAAAUCGCCGUGGCCAUCCCGCCAAACAACGAUGUUGACGUCUUCGCGAACGACGUCGGUUUCAUCGCCAUCGUCGACAAGCAUGGCGACCUCGCCGGCUUCAAUGUCACUGCGGGCGGAGGCAUGGGUGUCACCCAUGGGAACAAGAAGACGUACCCGCGGGCAGGCUCCGUGCUCGGUUUCUGCACCGUAGAGCAGGGCGUCGACAUCGCGGAGAAGAUCAUGCUUGUCCAGCGGGACAACGGCAACCGCGCCGACCGCAAGAACGCGCGUCUGAAAUACACGAUCGACCGCAUGAGCCUCGAAACUUUCAAAGCCGAGGUCGAGCGCCGCCUCGGCUACAAGCUCGAGCCCGCCCGGCCGUUCACGUUCGACAAGAACGUGGAUGAAUUCGGCUGGGCGACCGGUCAGGACGGCAAGCACCACUUUACGUGCUUCAUCGAGAACGGGCGCGUGCAGGACGAGCCGGGCAAGGCGUUCAAGACCGGCCUGCGCGAGAUCGCGAAGGUGCACAAGGGCACGUUCCGCAUGACCGCGAACCAGCACCUUGUCAUCUCCGACGUCCCACCCGCGGAGCUGCCCACAAUCAAGCGCCUGCUCGCCGAGUACAAGCUCGACAACCUUGCGUUUUCAGGUCUCCGUCUGUCCUCGUCUGCCUGUGUGUCGUUCCCUACAUGUGGUCUCGCCAUGGCUGAAUCUGAGCGGUACCUGCCCAUCCUCGUCGAGAAGGUCGAAAAGAUCUGCGAGGAAAACGGGCUCCGCAACGACUCGAUCGUCAUGCGCAUGACCGGCUGCCCGAACGGCUGCGCGCGUCCCUACCUCGCCGAGGUCGCCUUCGUCGGCAAGGCCCCAGGGACGUACCUCAUGCUUCUCGGCGGUGGCUACCACGGCCAGCGUCUGAACAAGAUCUACCGCGAGACCGUCACCGAGCCCGAGAUCCUCGCCAUCCUGGGCCCGAUGAUCAAGCGCUACGCGCUCGAGCGACACGACGGCGAACACUUUGGCGACUUCGUCAUCCGCGCCGGAUACAUCGCGCCCACGACCUCCGGUGCGGAGUGGUACGACCGAAUGGGCGGCGAGGGCAAGUAUCGCGAGAUCGCGGUCACCGCGUAG